CGUGCCCUCAAUCCUAUAAAUCAGUGCUCGUGGCAUCGCGUCAACUUCGCGUUGUGUAAUCAUCCUGUGCUGUUAUUUUCAACUUCGCGGAUCCUUCACUCCACCUGCUCGUUUCUCCAAUUCAAGUAUCAUGGCGUCUGAAUCCAACUUCCUGUCGCAGACGCUUCAGGCUAUCACAUCCACCAAAAGGCGUGAGCAGGAAAGGCGCCGCAAAACCUUCGAAGCCAGCAAGGCAAAACUCCUAGAGUCGGUUGCUGCCGCCUCCGAUGAUCGCGCUCGGCUUGAAGUGAUGCUAUCCGGAUUUAAAGAGUUGUCCUCCAGCAACAAGGGCGUCUCCUACGUUGAUGAUGACCGUACUGAGCACGCUCGUAACGUAGCUCGAUACCUGGAACAAUCAUAUCGGGAUCCUUCCGUCUCUUCCGGUAUUAUCCAGGGUUUCUACCGCAACUUUCGUCAAAAAGUGGACCAGGAAAGUCAACGCUUCGACUACGCAGAUCUUUACUAUCGCCUACUCAGCGAAUGGACGGAUGCGAGUAGUAAACCACUGGAACAGUCCGAGCGAAAGGAAGAGGAGCUAGAUGGCUCGUUCGAGCACGUUCCGAAGUACGAUCUCCAGAAGCUCAAAAACAAAUUUGCGAGCGUUGUCUUCACGCCUCGUGAGACAGACGAGGUUGAGAUCGAUACCUACUUAAGCGACUUCUUCCAGGAUGACCAUGGCACGAGCCUUCUGGAAGCCAUCCGAAAAGCAAAUGUUGCAUUCGCUCGUAAGCUUAAAGAACGGGCUACCCCAUUUGACAGCGAGAUCCUCAAGCAGUGCAUCAAGGCGCUGCUAGGCAAUAAUCUUCUUAACGAUGAUGCUAAGAACACUCUCUCUGAGUUCACCACCAACGAAGUCGUCCUGGACGAGAUUGCGGAUGUGCUCAAUCUACGGUUUGCCGACCUUGACAACUGGUCGUGGCAGGCCGAUGAAGGCAUGUACUACGAGCCACGCCGCCAAAUCACCGGCAAGUAUAGGAUCAUGAUGGAUAUGGAUAUUCUGCAGGCCAUCUUCCUCCACUAUAUCGCCGUAAGCUGGUGCGGCCAUCUCAAGUCCGUCUUCGGCACCUUGCCAAACGACAAAAGGUUUUGGCGCGGCCCUAAGAAAAUGACCGAAGAAGAAAAGGGAAGGCACUAUUACUUUAUGGGUUUUCAUCCCACUUCUGGUGUCGUUGGGAAACUAGAUAAGAACUUCUGCGAUACGUUCUUCUUGUCCGCCUUGCCUUGCUCGCUGACUGAAGGCGGUGAUCCAUACGGAGAAGACAAGGAUGCUGAAGCUGCCGCAGACGAAACGAAGACUGGCCUUGGUAUGCGGCAAAUGUUCCUGCGUCAGCUUGCCACGGAUGUGAUCACCCGUCGCUCGCUACAUGGCCAAGUAGCUGUCGUACAAUCGGAUCUUCAGUGGUACGCCACCGGCCUUCCGCACACUACGCUCUUCGCUGUUCUUCGUUUUUGGGGCGUGCCUGAGGAUUGGAUCUCACUUUUCAAAAAGUACGCUGAAGCACCGCUAAGGAUGACAGCAACACCUGGCGAGGACGUGCGCACCCGGAAGCGUGGUAUCCCGAUCACAGAUGCCUUCGAGACACUAUUCGGUGAAUGCGUCCUUUUCUGUAUGGACGUUGCGGUCAAUCGUCUGUCCGGAAUGACUUUGAUUCGCUUUCACGAUGAUCUCUUCCUGUCUGGUGAGCCUUCACAAUGCGCGAAUGCGUGGGAGGCCAUCCAGGACUUCGUAAAAGUGCUGGGACUUGAUAUCAAUACAAGUAAGACAGGCUCCGUCUACCUUUGCGAUACUGAAAAGGACGGUAACCUACUCACAAAGUUCCCCAAAGGACCUGUGUGCAUGGGCAUGUUGCAAUUGACCGACGAAGGCGAGUGGGCUAUCGAUCAGAAACAAGUCACAGCCCACGUCAGGCAGCUUCAGAAGCAACUUGGCCAGUGCAGCAGUAUCAUCUCCUGGAUCCAAACGUGGAAUGCUUGCAUGGGCAGAUUCUUCCAGGACACAUUCGGCAAGCCAGCCAACUGCUUUGGUCAGGCACACGUCGAUGCUAUUCUAGAAACACACGCCAACAUGCAACGCCAGCUCUUCCAAGCACACAGUGGUAGUGUAACUAAUUAUCUACGCGAGCAGAUCCAUGAGCGCUUCGAUGUCGCCAAAGUCCCAGAUUCGUUCUUCUUCCUGCCGGAAGAUUUUGGUGGUCUGGGUGUAAAGAACCCGUUCAUCCCAUUCUUCGGAGUCAAGGACCAAGUCCUCAAAAGCCCACUUAGUCGUAUCGCCCAGUUCCGCAAAAAGGAGAAACGUGCAUACAAGGACGCAUCCGAAGCUUUUGCUGCUCUCUCCGACUCCGACAAGCAACGUCGACUCCGCAAAGGUCUUGGCGAGUCUUCAAAGCAUACCCCCAUCCAAUCAGAGCCCUUCGUCUCCUUUGAAGAGUACACUGCGUAUCGCGAGGCAUACUCCAAUGAGUUCUUGUGUGCAUAUGCUGAGCUCAAUCUCAAGCCCAGAGUGGAAGACGUGCAUCUCGCGAACGACCUAAAACCUUGGUUCGAUGAGCUGUUGCAUAGUCAUGGAAUUGAUUGGUACAGUUUUAGUAGUGAGGACAAAUGGAUCAUGCAUCUGUAUGCUGAAGAGCUGAAGCAUCAGUUUGGCGCGCUCAGUAUUGUCGACAAGAAUUUACUGCCCAGUGGGGUGAUGAAGAUGUUGAAGAAGAAGAAAGUCACAUGGCAGAUUGUAAUUUGGGAGUGAGAGAAAAUGUUUCCACUCCAAGCUGUGUGUAGGUAGCGAC